AUGUCACUAGAAUGUGCCUGGGAGCACUGGUGUUGUGGAGAUCCGCCCGGGCAAUAUGGUCCAUUUCGGUUUUUACAAUGGCACGAUUUUUCUGACAGCAAAAAGCGCAAGCGGCUUUCUCAUUAUCGAUGUAUGAUGAUGGAAGUGCAAACAAGAGCCAUGGCCAAUUUUUAUUGGUAUGAACGGCCGACCGUGGAACAAGCACGUGCCAUGCUAGUCAACGUGCUGCCAGAACUUCCUAUUAGCGACGUUACUGCAAAGAAUCGACAGCGCCGCAAACAACAGCUCAAAUGGUCCAGUGUACUGCAAGAAAUUCGUGAAAAUCGCCGUAGAGUUAAUAAUUAG